CGUGGCAGUUUGUUGUCAUUUUCUUCCAAUCCUGGCGGGAUGAGCGCGUCCUCCGCACUCCACACCUGCUCCAUCCUCACUCCGCCGCCGAGCCCUCGCAACAACGUGCUCUCGCCGGCUCUCAAACCUUGACGAGCGGCGCUGCCUGAAGAGGAAAGGAAGCCCAGACACCGCUGCGUGAAGUUAACAGGAAUGAAUAAAGCAUGGUGCGGGUUGAAAGUUGGAUUCUGAGACUCCGAGCGGGCACUUUUUCACGAUGCGGAUAGUCUGGUCUGUGCGUCCUGAAUUCAACCGUGGACACUGAGGAGCGAUUUAAAGUUGAGCAUCUGGAGGAAGGAUAGUCGCCGCCCUGAGGGAGAAGAGGAUGAGGAGGAGGCAUGUGGUCCUCUUCGCGUGUGACAGGCCACUGUUCUACUUUCGCUGUAAGGUAGAGAGCCUCUUCACUUUCCCUGGGAAGCUGUGACAACUGGACCGAAGUGUUCACCUUUUCAUGGAUGCCAGGGUGGUCCUCCUGCACGUAUGGACAGCCCUUGUCCUCCUGGCAGUAGAACCAAAGUGCGUGACUGCUGCACAGGUCUACACCAACACUUGGGCUGUCAAGAUAAAAGGAGGGCCAGAAGAGGCCAGUCGCAUCGCACGGGAACAUGGCUUCAUCAAUCACGGAAAUGUUUUCGGAGAUUACUAUCACUUCAGACACCAUGCUGUGGAAAAGAGAGCUUUAUCUGGACACAGAGAGAUGCAUGUCAGGCUCCAAAAAGAGCCACAGGUUUUGUGGGCUGAGCAGCAGGUGGUGAAGAGAAGAAAGAGGCGGGAUGUCUACGAGGAGCCAACAGACCCUGACUUCCCCAAGCAGUGGUAUCUGUCUCAUCCCACCCAUCACGAUCUGAACACCAAGGCAGCCUGGGCUCAGGGCUACACCGGGAGAGGAAUUGUUGUGACUAUCCUGGAUGAUGGCAUUGAAAAAGACCACCCUGAUCUCAUCAACAAUUAUGACCCUGAGGCAAGCUACGACGUCAAUGACGGAGAUGCCGACCCUCAACCAAGAUACACACAGCGCAAUGAGAACCGACAUGGCACUCGAUGUGCGGGCGAAGUUGCAGCUUCACUUAACAAUGGCGUGUGUGGAGUUGGUGUUGCAUAUAAUGCCAAAAUUGGAGGAGUUCGCAUGUUAGAUGGGGAGGUAACAGAUGUCGUGGAAGCCCACUCUCUCAGCAUCAACCCCCAGCACAUCCACAUUUAUAGCGCCAGCUGGGGCCCGGAAGAUGACGGCAAGUCCUUGGAUGGACCAGCAAAGUUAGCCAUGGAGGCCUUCCAUGUUGGAGUCACAAAGGGACGUGGCGGACUGGGCUCCAUUUUCGUCUGGGCCUCGGGAAACGGCGGCAGAGAGCAGGACAGUUGCAACUGCGACGGCUACACCAACAGCAUUUACACGCUGUCCAUCAGCAGCACCACCGAGUCCGGCAACGUUCCCUGGUACAGCGAGCCGUGCUCCUCCACCCUCGCAACCACCUUCAGCUCCGGAAACCCAGGAGAGAAACAGAUCGUGACCACUGACUUGAGGCAGAAGUGCACGGACUCUCACACAGGGACGUCUGCUUCGGCGCCACUGGCCGCUGGGAUCAUCGCUCUGGCUCUGGAGGCGAACAUGAACCUGACGUGGAGAGACAUGCAGCACCUGGUGGUGAGAACGUCACGGCCCAAACAGCUCAGCGCCGGAGACUGGAGGACGAACGGAGUGGGGCGCAGAGUGAGUCACUCAUACGGCUACGGGCUCCUGGAUGCUGGCGCCAUGGUGGCGUUAGCCCAAAACUGGACCAGCGUGAAACCCCAGCACCAGUGCGUUCACGCCAUGCUCACGGAGCCGAAAGACGUCGGCAGCAAGCUGGUGUUCAGCAAGAGCGUGGACGCCUGCUGGGGGCGCCCAGAGCACGUCAGCUCUCUGGAGCACGUUCAAGCUCGUAUCACUCUCUUCCACAAUCAAAGAGGCAAACUAGCCAUUCAUCUCAUCAGUCCACUGGGCACUCGCUCCACCCUGUUGUUUCCCAGGCCAAAUGACUUUUCCGCCGAGGGAUUUAACGACUGGGCCUUCAUGAGCACCCACUCCUGGGAUGAGGAUCCACAGGGGGAGUGGACCCUGGAAAUCGAGAAUGUAGCAGCUAAUGGCCGUGACUAUGGUGUUUUGAGCCAAUUUACUCUCAUUCUGUGGGGAACCGGCCCGAGCUCCAUCAACCCCUCCUCAUCCGACUUCCCGCGACCGUCCAACAACAGCUGCAAAACCUUUGAUGCUCAGCAGAUCUGUAUCGAGUGCAGUCCCGGGUUUUCCCUCUUCCUUCAAGGAUGCGUGAAGUUGUGUCCGUCUGGCUUCACCUCUGGACCACAACUUCUGAACCUCUCACUGGAGAACUGGGUGGACCUGUCCUCGGUCCAGGCGUGUCUACCCUGCCACCCCGCCUGCCUCACCUGCUCCGGCACCGGACCUGCCGACUGCCUGUCUUGCCCGCCUCACAGCCACCUCGUCCUCACUGCAUGCCUGCACCAGAACCAGGUCCAGAGAAAGUCUCCUCUGGGCGGAGCGGAGCCGGCGGUCCCGUCGUUGUCAGACCACAGAGACGGUGCGGCGCCACCGGCGGUCGGCAUGGCUCCGUCCACCCAGCUGCCCACCGUGGUGGCUGUGCUCAGCUGUGCCUUCAUCCUCGCUGCCUUCGUCUGCGUCUUUUUCCUCCUGCAGAUGCGCGCCGAUGGCGCCUCUCUGGACUGGAGGACCAAACUGCCGUCUGUGUGUUCACAGAUGCGGGAGAUGCGGGGGGGGUUAGGUUCUGGUUUUGGCCAAGGACAGAGACGGGAGGCCAGGAUUUGCUACAAGGGGAUCCCCACCGUGUGGGGCGAUGAGGACACCAUCACCUACCAGUCUGAAUCAGACAGCGAGGACGUGGAGAGUCACAGUGAACACACGGCUUUUAUCAAAACACAGAGUUCCAUCUGAUGUGAUUUGAUUGUAGACCAGAUUUACUGGAGCCUUAACGUCUGUUGCCUGACAACAACUCUGUGUUACGUCCAACUCAGUGUGAUUCAUUUGACUUCAUUCUGUUGCAACUGUUGGUGGGGUUGAAGUCAAGACAAUGUCUUUGGAGCAGGACAACUGCCACCCAUUUUCUUCCUCUCAUGUCACGUCGCCAGGGCAGCUGUAGAAGUGAAGAGACCCGGACUGUUGGUGUGAGGGCUCAUCCUGUCACCAGAUGAUGACAUCACACUCUUUCUUUUACCUGGUCAUUUUUACUUUUUCAAAACAAAAAAACUUGAUGAAUAUGGUGUCUCUCCAAGAGCAACCUGAUUGGCUGAUGAGUACAGGUUGUUUUUGUUAUUUAUCAGUGCAGAAAAAAAUGCUAUUCUUAAAAUAUAUUAAUGAGCCACUGAAGAUAUUUUUAUUGACAACAAAAUAAUGCAUUAGUGAAUGUGAUUUACUUUACUUAAUUACUUCCUGUUCACAGUGUGAUUCUAUCAAUCCAUGAAAACAUCACCUUUUGAGAAAAAAAAAAAAUUCACAUUUUAAGUCGCAGGGCAAAACGCCUUAGUGUGACAUCAUCAUCCGACAACAGGACAAGGUGUUGUUGUUUUUUUUAUAUAAGCAAACCAUCCCUUUCUUUUUUCUUUUUUCUUUUUUCUUUUUUUUUUUUAAUUGUGUCUUGUUUAGAACCAUUUCCAGCCCUGGCAAUGUGUAGUCUCACCUUGUUCUAAUUUAUUAGGUUUUCACAAAACACUUUGCAAAUAUAAAAAUAAAAAUGGGAGUUUUCUAACAAAAUGAGGUCAAACUGUCUCACACAUACAGGUUUAUAAAGUAAUAAAGUGUCGCAGUUUCUCAUUAAGAUUUAAUAUUGUUUAAUUUUAUUGUGUUUUGAGUGGAAAAUACACUGACAAACUCCAUCAAAGCACUUUCUUAGAGCGACCUAAUAAAACCAGUGCGGAGGAUGUUCACCUCCUCACGUGGCAAAGACUCGCCGCCAUAAAGUCUGUCACUCGCAAAAUCAUAUCGACUUAAAGGUUGUUUUUUUUUGUUGCUGUUUUGGCGUUUGAGUGAAAAAAAGAAAACAUCCAAGCUGCUGUUUUGACCUUUGCAGCGUUUUCGCUCACAGUUUUGCUGCCGGUGAGAUCCGGCGUGGUCUCUUCAUCUCCCCCUUUGAGAGAGUAUUGAUUCCAGGACUUCUCACCCAGAAUAUCUUCAUUAAAGGGAAGCGCCUUCUUUUACCUGCCACUUUUAUUUUCUCCCCAGAGAAGAAGACAAUGUACAGAUUUUCUAUUUUGUAACUUUUUUUAAUUUAUUGGCGAUGGACCUGAUGUUACGGAGGAA